UAAGGACUACAUAUCCCACGGUGCAUUGCGCUGGAUGAGUCUUAUGGGGGCGGAGUAUAGUGUCGACCUUGUAGUUUGACGUACGGCAGCAUGGCGAGCAAGGAGCCUAAUCGCUUAUUCCAGCAGCUGAGGGAUCUGGCAGGUCGGAUGUCUUCAACUGGUGGACGAGGAGCAGGAUUAGGACUGAAGCUGCUGAUCGGAGCUGGUGCUUUCGCAUAUGGCGUCAAAGAAGCCACCUACACAGUGGAAGGUGGUCAUAGAGCCAUCGUCUUCAACAGGGUUGGAGGCAUGCAGAUGGACACUGUUCUGGCUGAGGGGCUGCAUUUCAGGAUCCCCUGGUUCCAGUACCCUAUCAUCUAUGAUAUCAGAGCCAAACCCAGGAAGAUCUCCUCUUUGACUGGCAGCAAAGAUCUGCAGAUGGUGAGCAUAGCAGUGCGUGUGUUGUCCAGGCCCAUGGCGUCCAACCUGCCGAUCAUGUACCAGCAGCUGGGGAAGGACUACGACGAGCGAGUCCUGCCCUCCAUUGUCAACGAGGUCCUGAAGUCUGUGGUGGCGAAGUUUAACGCUUCACAGCUCAUCACACAGAGAGCACAGGUGUCCCUGCUGGUGCGCAGGGAGCUGUAUGACAGAGCCAAAGACUUCAACAUCAUCCUUGACGAUGUAUCCAUCACUGAGCUGAGCUUCAGCAGCCAGUACACUGCUGCUGUGGAGGCCAAGCAAGUUGCCCAGCAAGAGGCCCAGAGAGCUCAGUUCUAUGUGGAGAAAGCCAAACAGGAUCAGAGACAGAAGAUCAUCCAGGCUGAGGGAGAGGCUGAAGCUGCCAAAAUGUUGGGACAAGCAGUGACUAAGAACCCCGGUUACCUGAAGCUGAGGAGAAUUAGAGCAGCACAGAACAUCGCUAAGUCGGUGGCAACAUCUCAGAACAAGGUGUACCUUAAUGCUGACAGUUUGAUCCUGAACCUACAAGACAAGACAUCUUUUAACAACUUGUCACUGGACUAAAGGAUGUGGUGAAGAGGACGUGCAGAGAGGAAGCAGAACUUUCUCCGUGGUCAGCUUCAUCCAAACAGUCUCGCUUUUGCUUUGCGGCACAGAGAAUCAACACGAGACUGGACAAGUCUGAAAGUGGACAACAAGAAAGAAGCUAUUUUGUUUUGUCAUGUUCUUUUUUUUUUUUUUACCUCCCUCAGACUUUUGGGAGCACCCUGCAUUAUAUUUCAAGUUUUGUCCAUUAAUUGUUACAUGAAAUUACACCAUGAUCUCAUUUUAACCUCAAAGUGAUCAAUUCAGACAUUUGUUUGGCAAAAACAGGAUGUCCUUCUCAUCUCCUGUAAACCACAAGGUGAUUAAGUGAUUUUCAGUAGAAGUGCAGCAAUUAUAAAAAAUAAUAAAGGCGAUCAGUGUCUUCUAUCAGGAAGAUCUUAUGUCUAAAAUGACAAAGGGUCCGAUGAGUUUCUUCACUCCUGUAUUCAUCUGCCACAGCUAGUCCUGAUCUGGCUGCCAGUCUUUCUCUGCUCUACACACAUCUCCUCAGAAAUGUUCCAGUCUUCCUCCUGAAAGUCCUUACAGCUCUGACACUGUUUGUCAGAGCUCCUCAUCCCCACAUUGGUGGAGCAGGUGUUCCAGAUGUUGUAGUAAACCUGAUCAUAUACAGCCACCAGUGUUGGCAGACAAGUUAAUGCUAAUUUAUCUGUUAAUAAACUUUUGUUUUAGGUA